AUGACUACUAAUGGAAUAAUCAAACUGGACAUCGGUGGCACUCUUUUCACCACCACGAUCUCCACUUUGAGCAGAUAUGACUCGAUGCUCAGAACCAUGCUCACAACUGAAGUUCCGGUACAAAGUGUUAACCAGAUUCUGCGAAUUAUUUGAAACUUUCAGGUCACGAAAGACGAACAAGAAUGCGUGUUUAUUGACAGAGACAGCCGUCAUUUCCGGUUCAUUUUGAACUUUCUGCGGGACGGCCACGUCGUCCUUCCGGAGUCUAUUCGGGAAGUGAAAGAGAUACUGGCGGAGGCGAGAUAUUAUCUGCUCCAACCGUUGAUCGAGCUUUGCGAAGAGAGGCUCGAGCAGGCGGACAACCCCUUCUAUCACGUAGUUUCCACGGUCCUCGAAGCUAGAAAACUCAUUUUCGCCUCUGAAAAAGUUUGCAGUUUCUUUGUGGUUUCUGAAAAAAAAGCGAUUUCUUACAGCCUGUCGUGGUUCUGAGACUUCCAUUGUACCUUGGAACGAAAGGGGGAAUAGUCAAUUACUAUUUCAGUGAGCAGAAGUUUCAGGAACUCUCGAAGCAACACCACCGAAUUGUCCGUUUCGUUUUAAGUAAGCCUUUUCAGAACUGGAUUAUUGAACUUGGUUUGGUUUACAGUCACUGAGCCAGAGUUCAAUGAGGACUGCGGAUGGAGUUUCUUUUUGAAAGGAAGGAAACGAUCAGCCAGGAUAAAGGGUCCAUCGGACAGCAAUCUUCUGGAGGAAUGUCUUCGCGAGGUGCUUCAAGACGCCAAGAAGGACUAA